AUGAAGACAUCAUUUGAUGAUUUUGAUAAAGCAAUUGAUCUUGUUAAACAAGGAAAAUAUUGGGGUGUUGCUGCUAUUCCAUUAUCAGCAUUUCAGACAGAUCCAGCUACAUUAAAUGCAUCAUCACUUCAUCUUUAUCUUGAUAUGACGAAUCAACAAGUGUCAUUAACAAGGCAAAAUGCUAUGGUAAAUAGUACAGAACUAUUUUUAGAAGAAGUUUUAUCCAGUUAUAAAAUUGAUCCAUCAAUAGUUGACCCUCCAGUAAUACUAGAAACUCCUGUUUAUGGGAGUCUUGUUCCAUGA